AGCCAGUUGGCGCCACUUGCAGUCGUUUCUUUUCUUCCUUUUUUUUGUUUGUUUUUUUGGUUUCGGCGUCCCGGCUCAUUACACAAGUGAGCGAAAUGAAUUUGGCGACUUUUUCGGCCAGAGCGGUGGCCGUUUGCAUGCCAACCUCAAUUCUCCCGCCGAGGACAGGAACAGGCGGGGAGAGGAGGCUUACUGCUGCUGAGAGCAGCAGCACCAUUCCCACAUCGAACCCCGGGAGGUGCUGUCACCAUCUCCAUCGCCAUAGACAUAGCCAUCGCCAUAACCAUAGCCAUCGCUACGGCGCUGACUGGAAGCACCGCUCUUCGCCUAUCUUCUUGGUGGCUUCUACGAGCAACAAGAAGAGAGGAAUUGCCGCCAUAACUGAUACUCCGAGGGCGGGAUCUUCGAGAGGGGCAUUACCCUGUGGGAUUUCUGCCCUUGGAUCGCGAUCCCGAUGUGGCCAAGCAUCUCGCAAGAUUGACUGUGAUGCGCUGCUGCUCCAGGUACGUCAGGUGGAUGAGACCCGGCGAGGAGGGUGCUGGAUGCAAUUGCCGAAAGCGCCGAGUUCCGUUGGGCUCAAUGUCCCAUUUGACAAAGACCCAAAUGGGAGAGGGUGGAGGAGGAGGUGGUUAAGUGUUCUCCAGGCAGCUGCCGCUCGCGAUGACGAAAGGGGGGCGAUUUUAGGAAGAUCAGAGGGUGCCACGUCAUUGCGCUCAUCUUCCGGCAUCGAGGACCGCUCAUUCGUGCAAGGGGAGAGUUUGCAGGUGGAAGAAAACCCGCAGGGUCUAGACAAGCCGCCCGCGCCAAAGCGCCAGUUACACUUGGAUGUGGAAAGCAUCGACUUUGUCGAUGUCAGUACAACCAUAUUAUUUUUGGGGCCCAUUGUCUGCAGGGAUGCCACCUGUAUCCGGAUUGUGAACAUCCUCUACAUCCAGAUGCAGUAUGUCCCGUCUGUGCCUGCGGGUGCUAUAGCGAAUGUGCACUUAACUGUGAUGGUGAACGCCCCACAAUCGUCAUGGCCUGCAAUCGACAUGCCCUCUGCUGUGCAUGCUUCAGAGAUGAAAGUCGAUGCGGAUCAUCAUGUGAGAGGUGCAACAGAUGGGAAUAUCAAGCUAGAAGAAUUUCCCUCGUCAAUUCUCCGACUCGCUGUGCUUGAUGGCAACGAAUGCACAAACCAAUGGGUGUGUGAAGAGACUGCUGCCAAGGCAUUGUAUAGCGAUGAAGAGGAGGACUGGAGCCUGCAUGAGAGUAAAGGUGGUGUGUGCAAUGCGGAACUCGGUGGGUCUCCAGAGGCUGCCUGUGUCUUAAACAGUGUCAGGAGGAGGGAGGUGCAGGGGAAUGCUGGAGCCGCCAAGGAAGCAGUUUUAUCUGGCAGCAGAAAUGAUUGUGGCCGAUACAACGACAAAAUAGAUUGUGCCACUACUUCCGCUGUAGAGGAUCAAGUUGAUCACGGGGAGGAUGCAGUGAAGGAGAAGCCGGGCUUAGAGCGGCAAACACUGAUCCUUGAAAUGAUAAUGAACAACCCAGGGACGAGGGGGAGAAGACUGCGUAGGAGGAACACUUGUUGUGAUUCUGACUGUGUAAGAGAUUUUGACCUCCCGUGUAACGACACUAUCCAAUGCACAAAGCCAGGGAGUGAAAAACUAUUUGACACCGAUCAUCAGGAGCUCGAUGCCACUCUUAUCUUCUCGAAGAGUUGCCCUGAGGCGAGCCCUGAAGCCAACCCACGAGAAGCGGGCCAGUGUGUUACCCCUAUAUCGUGGACCUCCUUGGAUAAAGCUUCUCUUGGGCCUGUGAGGCGACGCCAUGGUCUGAGCCGGGAUGUGUUGCGCUCAACUAACUGGGGCUUGUGGGAAACCCUGGCUCUCGUUCGUGCAAAGCAGGAGGAGGCAAAUGAGCGUGCCAACCAGCAUGGAGGGCUGGUGCGGCCAGCGCGGGAGAGAUGGGCACUCAUCGUGAUGAAGUUGAAAUCCUGGGGCAUUCACAGGGAUGUGUCAAAUUGCGCUCGUCGAUGGGAGAAUUUAUCCCGCUGCUUCAGAAAAAUUUAUCGCCAUGAAGUGUACCGACUGAACUGUUCCUCAGAGAGACCUUCGUUCUGGAGGAUGUCAUUUAGCGAGAGGAAGGAGUUGAACAUGCCCUUCCAAAUGGAACCAAGGGUGUACAAGGCGAUGGAGGAGUUUUUCACAUCCGUCGACGAAUGUGGUCUAAAGGCAGAAACGACUCUUGCCCUCUGUGCUGGCGAGGGCUCUCCUGGUGACACCACGGACGAUUUUGUGAAAGGUGAAACGGAGGAUUGUGGGCGUAUCAAGGUAGAGGUAGCCCCCAUGGACCUUAUCCCUUCCGUUCCCGCAGCUGUGGAAGGUCAGGGAUGUUGUAGUUCCAGUCCGAAUGCUGGUGAUGAGGGGGAUGGGCCCAACAGUGGGACCCGUCCUGCAGUUGAUGCGGGCAGCAAUUGCCCAUCGUCAAUCGCAACCGCAAUCAGCGAUCUCACGAAAGCGGUGCUGGGCGGAGGAGAGGCAUUCACAAGUGCCUAUGCCAUGGCGGCACAAAGGGAAACUGAUCUCGUCGCUGAUUCUCAGGACGUGGUGCUUGAGCAAAUGCAGGUUGUUCGUGAGGCUGACUCUUUGGUAGAUGCUGGGCACCAGAUGCUGCUGUCUACGCUUCGUGGGAUCAACACCACACUGGAUUCCAUUCUCUCGAACAUGGCGAGGACGGAUCCACAAGGCGCCUUGUGUAAUGUCACUCGAAGUGUUAGAGCUUGUGACAAACUGCAGACUAUCCAUUCCUGUCAAUGGAGUGCUAGAGCACUCAAGAGUGUUAUGGAUGAACUGAUCGUUGUCCCUGUCCAUGGGGUUACUGAGACCCAGUUGGUCAACUUGUUUUAUCGUGCCAUGCCUAAACCUUUGCGCGGGUACUUCUUUGAGAAGAGUAAGGAGUCUACCAUAACCUACGAUACUCCAAGUAGGGAAGUGGUAGCGGUUGAAGCGCAGUCCAUGCCAGUUUCCACCUUCUGGCAUAAGGACCUUGAUAAGGGCAAGAAGUGGAAAGGUCAUACCAUCUCGGGUCAGGACAAUAAUGACCACCAGGACAGUGACUUGCUGUAUUUUGCAAAAUUUGCGGGUAUUUGCUUUGUGGCGGCAGCUACAAUCAAAUAUGGAAGUGUGGCUCUUCCUUCACUUGCAAAACCCAAUCUUCUUUCAGCGCUGAUCAUGGUAAUGGUCCCCAUGGGCGUGAGUGCAAUCGCACUGGUGUCAGCCAGCGCAGAAGAGAAAGGAGAUCGUCAAAUGUGACUGCGACUGAUCGGAGUAGCUGGAUUGGCGAUCGGAAAUUCCUUUCUUCCGUCAAACAUUGCUUAACCCCCACUUUGUGUGUUUCUUAAACUUUCUUUUGUCAUGCCUGUUCUCCACUUUCCGGAGGUGCUUCCCUCCUCCUCUUCCCACCCUCCCUCACUCCUUGUUCGCUGUCCGUCUCCAUGCAGCACUGAUGGUAGCUAUAUACCGUCGGCAUGCUCUGAGACCCCACUUUCAACUCCAGUGAAUGUAGCCUCGCUUCAGAUCCCCAUGCAACUUGGCAAUA